AUGGAAAACGCACUGGUUAGAUUCGGAGCCAUUCCAGAGGAGUUUCGGGAAAGAAGGUCGCAAGUCAACAAGGCCGUUAUUAGCACAUCUAUUGGUGGAGUUGUCGGCAGUGUUUUAGGAAUUGUCGGAAUGGCUCUUACUCCGGUAACAUUCGGGACUUCUCUUGGAUUAACCAUUACAGGUGGCGUCAUAGGCGGAGUCAGUGGAUUUACACAAGCGGGUUUCCGUAUCCAUGAGGCAGUGAAACAAAACGGUUCCACAUCGGAUAUGAACAAUGAGUGGGAAGCUAUUAAUACAAACCUCAAUGAAAGCAUCGAGGAAGUUGAAGAACUUUUUAAUGUAAACAAAAGAACGAAUGACUUUGAGUAUGUCGUGCCAGGAAAGAAUCAGCGGGGCUUCAUUUCCUUAGGAAACGUAGCGAGAUCACUUCAUGGCGGUGUUGGUAUUGGUAUCGCUGCUGCAAAGGCUGCUGUUUCUACGGCAACGAUAGUUGCUUCUAUUUUAGGCCCAAUUGGAAUUAUUUUGGACAUCGGGUUUUUAGCAGAAGCAUCUUACAACAAAUACAAUGGCAAUCAGAGCAACGCCGCGGAAAUAAUUGAGUGUUUGCUCUUGAACGAAAGCAUUCUACUGACGUGUUAUCGAGGGAACACUGAGGCAAAUGGGCAGAUAGUUGAAGGAUCAUUCAAGAAGCCGUCUUAA